UCCCGAACUCUUCUGACCAAAGAACUCAGUCUUCCCCAGGUCAACGAUUGCCUGGCUCUGCACUUGGGCGUUCUUCACAGUCUCACCUUGCCCCUUCCCAAACUACCCACAUUCCUCUUCAAGACGCUGGCUAAAUUCCUUCAGCAACUCACCGGUACGAGAGGCCUGUCUCGGUCCGGUAAACAGUCUACUUUCAGAGAUACUGAGCAGCUUCCCGACAACCUCCUCAUCAGUCCCCCCAACUCCCUGCUGGCCUCAACUCUUUUCGGUUCAACCUCCUCCAUUGGCUCCAUUCCCGAACCCCAGACCCACCUCUUCAGAUUUGUCUCAGAUUAUCGGCUCGUUGAAGAGUUCGAAUGGCUUAGAGAGGGCAUCCUCUCCCUAUCUCUCUCUCUCUCUCUCUGUCAACUAUAUCCGGUUUUUAUUACUUUUUCUGGCAACGCCAAAUCCUUUCGGAUGUACCUUUUCUGGCAUGUGCUCCUUUUCUGUGUACUUCUGUUGGAUGCAUUGGCUCUUGUCACUACUUUCUACAGGCGGGGUUUGUUUCAGACUCCUCUGUUGGACUAUACUCCAGGAUUGACACUAGCAGUAUGA